AUACAUUAUUUAUGCAGACACGAGCUGCCAACUCGAUUCAGUUCACUUGGCGCGUUGCUGCGAAGAAGUUGAAGUAAAACUGGACUGUGUUGUGUCGUGAAUACAGAUAGAAGCUGUUAAAUUAAGUUACUUUUCUGUACUUAUUGAGAGCUGUUUUUUAAAAAUAAUAUAAAGAAGACAACAAGAUGCCAUUCCCAAUACAUCCUCCUAGACAAAUGCCGUGUCCACAUUGGCAACACUUUCCCAUAACUCCAGCGGUUAAAAUGGGAAAUUGUCCACAGAGCCCCGGUUCCUUGUCACCACCGCCGUCACCAGAUUCAUAUAUGUAUUGCAGUGUAUGUAAUGCCAAAAAAGAUAAGGCCUAAUAAUGUGGAAAGUGUUUUAUACGCCAAACAUGCAUUAGCAGAAAUCAUAAUUAAACGCAUUAUCAACAUUUUCUAUUUCUAAGCAAAUAAAUAUAGAUUUUUUUAUUGCUUUUCGCACAUCUAGAAGUAGGUUUACUAAUAAGUAUUUAUAAACGAGUUUCUUUAUUUUUUCCUCACGCCGACAUAAAGUUGUUUGCCUUAAAUGAAACGUUAUCUACAACGAAACUAAUGAACAAAUUAAGUGUUUUUAGAUUUCAAUUCAAAGCGUCUCUAAGAAAAAAUACUGUUUUAAUAUUUAAUAAUACUUCUAAUUGUAAACAGUGAAGAUUAAUAAUAAUUGUACUUAACAACUUUAUGUCUCAUUUAUAAUAUUAAGUGUGUUUUCAUUAUAUUUAUGUACAAUAUGUUAAGAUAAUUUGAAAGUGAAGGAUUUUGUGGCAAAUUGUUAAUCAUCGAUAUGAUUAAUGAAAAUAGAAUAUUAUUAUAUUGAAUUUGUAUCAAUAUUGUGUAACUUAAUACGUUUUUGUACUUUUUAUACUAAAUAAUAUAUGAAUAAGCAUUUAUAUUAAUAUGAAAAUAAAGUAGCAUUUAUAAUAAAAAUUAAUAAAGAAUUGUUUAUCAA